AUGGUCAACGUAAAAUCCUCCGAUACAUCCUCCUACAACUUUGGCCUCUUUCUGCCGCAGCAGUGGAACAAUCGCUUCCUCGCCACCGGUAAUGGUGCAUAUGCUGGCGGGAUCAACUGGAAUGACAUGGGCACCAAUGCCCGCUAUGGAUUUGCGUCCAUGUCAACAGAUACUGGACACGUUUCGGGAUCUUUUGAUGCAAGUUGGGCGCUCAAUAAACCCGAAGCUCAACUUGACUGGGGUUAUCGAUCUAUGCAUGGUUCGGUUGUCUACUCGAAGUUGAUCACCAACGCAUACUACGGUACAAACAUUAGCUAUUCAUACUAUUCCGGAUGCUCAACCGGUGGCCGACAGGGCUUCAGAGACAUCGAACUAUACCCUGAAGAUUUUGACGGAAUUCUGGCUGGGGCACCUGCAUGGUGGACAACGCAUCUCCAACCGGACAAUGUCCAGGUGGCACUUCACAACCUUCCGGUUGACGCUCCCACUCACAUCCCAUCUUCUCUUUUCCCUGUAAUCGGAGCUGAAGUUCUUCGACAAUGCGAUCCUCAGGACGGCUUUACUGAUGGAAUCAUAUCUGACCCCGAGGGAUGCAACUUUGUCCCGGAAAGACUGCUUUGCACUCCUACUUCAAAUAAAAGCGCUUGUCUUACUGGGCCCCAGCUGGAUACUCUAUAUCAUAUAUAUAACGACUGGUGGGAAACAAACCAGACAUUUGUCUUCCCCCAUUAUGAACUAGGUUCCGAGGCCCAGUACGGCUUCCUCCUCAACACGGACUCCGGAACCCCGACAGAACCAGGCAUCGCUUGGAUCCAAAACUGCCUUUACAAUGACACAACGUGGGAUUGGCACGAGUUCACUUACCAGGUGAUCCUGGAUGCGGAUCGAAUCAACCCAGGGCAGGCCAAUGUUGGGUUCGAUUUCACCAGGUUCUACACGCGUGGUGGCAAGAUCAUCCAGUAUCACGGCCUCGCAGACGGUCUGAUUCCCACACCGAGCUCCGAGGUCCUCUACAAGAACAUCUGGAGGACCAUGGGAGCCGCAGGCAUCCCACUCGAUGAUUGGUACCGCUUGUUCCUCAUUCCGGGAAUGCAGCACUGUCAAGGCACUGCAGUCAGUGCACCCUACUACAUUGCCUCUGCCGGUCAACCGUUUGCGCUUGGUCAAGACGUAUGGAGCGUGCCUGGUUACAGCGAUCCGAAACACGAUGCUCUGCUGGCGUUACUGGAGUGGAGAGAAAAUGGUACAGCUCCCGAAUUCAUCAUCGGCACCAAGUUCAUCGAUGAGACUGUCACAGCCGGUGUUCAAAGACAGAGGCCAAUAUGCAUGUAUCCAAUGCAGGCAAAAUAUAGCGGCGAGGGAGAACCAGAUCUUUCGAGCAGUUGGCACUGUCAGCUCCUGUACUAG